AUGGUCGGCAUUAGGUACGCAGCCUCCGGCAAGCACUCGCCGUCGAGGCGGUACGUCCUGGUGCUCGUCUGCAUUGCGCUCCUCGGCGUCGUCCUCGUCUCUGACUUCUUCUGGGCCUCCUCCUCCUCCUCCGCCGCCGCCUCGCCUUACUUCUCCGUCCCGAAGAUCGAUGAGGUGGUUUACCCUCUUCCCCGCCAUUGCGAGAGCUGUGAUUCCGCAAUGGAUGGCCCUCUCCCCUUGUCUUCUUCUGUUCUUCUGCUCCAUGAUCUUUCUUGGUUGAAGGUUGUCUCCGUUUGGGGUAUGGCAUUGUGGGUUAUGGUUGCAGCGGAUGGUGAAAUAAUCUUCGUUGUGAAUUUGACAGACGGAAGAAUCGAAAGAGAAGAGGAAUGCGAAAGGGUUGAAGCUGUCCGUGCCAGGAAGGGAGCUGAAUGCGACCUUCGCGGAUUUACCGGCGCCGCAUCUGGAGUGGGAAGCGAUGGCGGAGGCUCCGGUGCCUCGUCUCGACGGGUCAGCGAUACAGAUCAAGGAUCUCCUCUACGUCCUUGCCGGAUAUGGGACCAUCGACUACGUAUGAAUCUUCUCUCCCGAUCUGUUAUUUUGUCAACUCUAGCAGAUCCACGACGGAAUGCCGGGUUCUUCCCUUCAUCCGAACAGACUGUUUCAGUACAUUGCUCGAUGUAUGCGUCCAAGUUAACCACUAAACACCUCCGGAAAGGAUCUCUGGUGUCCUCUGAGACAAUUUUUUAUUUUUUCUUCCCCGUCUUCUCCAGAUGCUGAGCUGAUUGAAUUCUCCCCCUAUUCGAAUGAAAUCCCUCGAAUCGAACCACCCGAAUCUCAUGAUGUUUCAGAUGGCAUCAAAGGCAAAUUUUACUGUUUCAGGUGCAUUCUCAUGUUGAUGUCUACAAUUUUUCUGCCAAUUCCUGGGGAGGAAGGUUUGACAUGCCAAAAGACAUGGCUCAUUCGCACAUUGGGGUCGCGAGUGAUGGAAGAUACAUCUAUGUGGUCAGCGGGCAGUACGGUCCCCAAUGCAGAGCUCCCAUUUCUCGAAGCUUUGUGUUAGACACAGAGACUAAGGAAUGGCACAGUUUGCCUCCUCUUCCCGUGCCCAGGUACAGAGACUGUACCCAGUGACCCUUCUUCCCUUGCCCUUUCUCUUAUCAGUAUUUAUCAAAUCUGUUCCUAUCUAACGGAAGGCUAUUGGAUCAAAUGACAAAGACAUUGUUGAGAAAGAGAUGGCUUUUCCCGGAUGAAAUGAAACAUUUUGAUUCAUGUAACAGGAAAAAGAUUUCCCAUUCCUUAGCUGUAAAGAUAUGUGGCCAUGAAAAGGAGAUUAAGUGGAACAGAAUUGACCGGGCGGUAGAGUCGUGGAAACACUUGUUUAUUCCAUAUUUUUUACCUUAGCUCCAUGGAACAAUAUGCUACUGCUGAAACAUGGAAGAAUUUAAAUCUUAGAUCAAAACACUAUGUAUGGAUGAUAUGAACAGCCUAAACAAGAAUUCUUGAAUGGCGAACAACCAGAGCCUAUUACGAGGUCAUAAGCGUCUAUACCGUAAAAUCGAUUUUCGACGGAAUGAAAAAGACAUAUAUGGUAGAAUCGUAACCAUAGAAUACGACCCUAAUCGAAAUGCAUACAUUUGUCUCAUUCACUAUGGGGAUGGUGAGAAGAGAUAUAUUUUACAUCCCAGAGGGGCUAUAAUUGGAGAUACCAUUGUUUCUGGUACAGAAGUUCCUAUAUCAAUGGGAAAAGAUUUGAGGAUCUUCUCAAUUUUUGUAAAGGGUUCUUGUUGGGGCUCGCUCUUUCUCAGAAAAUUUUUGAUGAGAAUUCUUGUGGUUUCUUUGCUUAGAUAUGCCCCUGCUACCCAGCUGUGGAGGGGCAGGCUCCAUGUGAUGGGCGGCAGCAAGGAGGACCGACAUGAGCCCGCCACCGAGCAUUGGAGCUUGGGAGUGAAGGAUGGCAAAGCAUUAGAGAGUGAAUGGCGGUCAGAGAUGCCGAUCCCCCGUGGUGGUCCGCACAGGUCUUGCCCUUCCUUCUUACCUGCAAAUCAUUUCCCGUUUGUACUCUGAUUUGAACCUGCUCAAUGCAAGAGGCAGAGACAGGCCGCAGAAGCGCAGGCGAUCAAUGUUCCAUCGAUGUUGUCAGAGCCAUGCAUAUCUAACUGUGUAACAUCUUGAGGCUGGGGGAAAAUAUGCUGCAAGAUCUCUAAAUACUCUCGUUAACUAUAAAGAUUAGAGGAAAAAUCAAUUCCCUGCAAGGAACAAAUCGAUUUCCAUUUAUUUUUCAAAAUCCUGCAUCGUUAUUUUAUUUUUCCCGGGAUGAAAUGCUUAUUUAGUCUUACAUGGCAGAUUAUGGACAUCAGAUUUUUAUUUAUUUUAUUAUUAUUAAACUAAUUUUUUUUGUCAGGGCUUGUAUUGUUGCCAACGAUAGGCUCCUCGUGAUCGGUGGCCAAGAAGGUGAUUUCAUGGCCAAGCCAGGAUCGCCCAUUUUCAAGUGCUCACGGAGGCACGAGGUAUGCAGAGGAAGGAGAGGAGGGGAGGGGGGGGGUUCCAUAGCUGCACUCUCUGAGCUUUCUUAAAUGCAUCCACUUAUGGGGUGCAAAUCCAUGUUCCCUCAAUUAUGAUCAUUGCAACUAAAUCUUUAAAUAUCUUUAAAUAAAUUUAAAUAUUUUAAAUAUUUUUAAAUAGUAAAAUUGGGCGAUUAUGAUGCAUGUGUGUUCUUAUUCUGCAAUUGCUACUAAAUCUUUAAAGGCUUUGUUUGGCCCGAAGGCCUCUCAUGCCUCUGUUUGGAUCUGCAUCUUGCUUCCAUAUCCGGAGUUGUUUGCCCGAUUCAGUAAAUCUUUGAUGUGAUGAGAAAUGAUUCUGUUAAAUAGUUUGGAAACGCCCGCCCUUUUGAAGCAAGAACUUGUUUCCAGGUGGUGUAUGCUGAUGUCUACGUGCUUGGCGAUGACCGGAGAUGGAAAGAGCUGCCGCCAAUGCCCAAACCCAACUCGCACAUAGAGUUUGCUUGGAUUCUCCUCAACAACUCAAUUGUUAUUGUCGGCGGCACCACCGAGAAGCACCCGUUGACCAAGAAGAUGAUACUCGUCGGGGAAGUCCUCCGCUUCGAUCUAGGCUCUAUGGUAUGUUGACCUAUUUAUUUUUGCAAUCAUUUUAUAAAUAAAAAAUAGUUGACUUCUGGAGAGAGAGAGAAGAAUGUUCAUCACCCAGCGAAGGAAAAUUCUGGGCAAUACUCAGAUUACCCUGAAAUUAUUGUCUGCAGCUUUCCAUAGAGAGAGAAAGUGAGCCUAUAGUAUCUAUAAUAUCUAAAUAGAAAAUGGGCCUUAGGGCCCAGUGGUGGAGAAAGGGUCUGGCACUACCUGAGUGGAUCAUCUUCAUUGAGAUCUUUUAAUUUGUGGCCACGAUUUCAUCUGAUGGACAGGAAUGGACAGUGAUCGGGAGGAUGCCCUAUCGGAUCAAGACCACAUUGGUUGGGUUCUUGGAUGGAUGGCUCUACUUCACCUCCGGUCAACGCGAUCGUGGGCCUGAUGACCCCUCACCUAGGAAGGUUGUUGGCAGCACAUGGAGAACUAGGCUACGCCUAUGA